UCUGGGCCGGAGAGUACGUGUCUCAGGGGGAGGAGAAGGUGGCGGCGGGGCCGGUGCGGAGCAGCCGAGCGCCGCUGGGAGGGGUGUCAGCUCCAGCGCCUGGGGGAUUUUAAUCCGAUUCCGGCCGGCCCGGAUUUUAUUGCGAGCGGGUUUUAAAGCGCCUGUCGUCCCUCUCGCCUCUGCGGACGGGGCAGCAUGUCCGAAGCGGAGCAGCAGUUGGCGGCCGCCACCGGCGCCACCCAGAACGGGCACGAAGCGGCCGAGAACGCCGGAGAGCAGCAGGCCGAGACCGGCGGCGCUCCGGCGGCGGCAGCGGCGGGCGCAGCGGCGGCGACGGCGGGAACGGCGGCGGCAGGAGCUGGCCCAGCGGCGGGAACAGCGGGGGCAGCCGCCAGCCAGAACGGAGCCGAAGGCGACCAGAUCAACGCCAGCAAGAACGAGGAGGACGCGGGGAAGAUGUUUGUUGGUGGCCUCAGUUGGGAUACAAGCAAAAAAGACUUGAAAGAUUACUUCACCAAAUUUGGUGAGGUAACCGACUGUACGAUAAAGAUGGACCCUAACACAGGAAGAUCCAGAGGCUUUGGAUUUAUUCUCUUCAAAGAGCCUGGGAGCGUUGAAAAGGUUCUGGAACAGAAAGAACACAGGCUAGAUGGGCGACUAAUUGACCCCAAGAAGGCCAUGGCAAUGAAAAAGGAUCCAGUGAAGAAGAUUUUUGUUGGUGGACUAAACCCAGAAGCCACAGAAGAGAAAAUCAGGGAAUACUUUGGAGAGUUUGGAGAGAUUGAAGCAAUUGAACUUCCAAUGGAUCCAAAGACCAACAAAAGGAGGGGGUUUGUGUUCAUCACUUUCAAGGAAGAGGAUCCAGUGAAGAAGGUUCUGGAGAAGAAAUUCCAUAACGUCAGUGGAAGCAAGUGCGAGAUUAAGGUAGCACAGCCAAAAGAAGUAUACCAGCAGCAACAGUUCAGUAGUGGUGGAGGAAGAGGUAGCUAUGGAGGAAGAGGCAGAGGUGGAAGAGGCGGCGCUCAAAGUCAAAAUUGGAAUCAAGGUUAUGGCAAUUACUGGAACCAGGGUUAUGGGAAUCAAGGAUACGGCUAUCAGCAAGGUUAUGGUGGCUAUGGAGGCUAUGAUUAUUCAGGAUAUGGGUAUUAUGGAUAUGGACCAGGCUAUGAUUACAGUCAAGGCAGUGCAAAUUACGGGAAGACACCAAGACGUGGUGGUCAUCAGAAUAACUACAAGCCAUAUUGAUCAAACUUAUUCAGGCCUGGCAGUGGUCACAGUUGAUGCCUACAAGCACUGGAUAUUCCACAAGUUGAAGACGGAAUACUGACUUGUUUACCUGAAGAUAAUAGGACUUCGGGGUAUUUCCUCAGAGAAAAUAUAAAUUUUAAUAUAAUUUCAUAAGCUUUGGAGGUUAGCUUGUCUUGUAGCUUCAGUGAUAUCAAACUUCUUCAAGUAGGAGCUAGAUAGAAAGCUGUUUAGUUUUUGCCAGCGUAUGUAAAACAAGACUUUUCUAUCUGCAUUGUAGAUUGUUUGUGGACACUUCCAGAUUCUUGUGCUUUCUGCAGUCAUUCUGGGGACUGAACUCUCAUUGAUAUCGACAGAGGUUCCAUGAACAGGACACGUGCAGGAAUUUGAGCGUAGAAGCCCACAGUGUGGUGUGGAGUAGUGAAUUGCUUUUAGUUUGGAGAUGACUGGGGGAGAUGGGAAGAGCAACUGUACGUUAAGGGAACAAUUACAGAUCUUCUUCCCGGUGACGUCAACGAGAGAUUUGCCUUCAACCUUCCACAGAAGAUUUUUAGCUUUAAUUUGGGACAAUAAAGGGGUUUUUCAAAAGCACUAACAGCCACUGGGAGCUUGUUCAACUGCUCCUUCUGCCUUUAAAAACCCCUACACCAAAAGUGAUAGCUAACAACAUGAAAUGGAAGUAAAUAAAAUGCAUUUUCAUUGCUGUUUUGAGUUACAUAA